AUGAAAAUUGAAUCAACUCAACAACAUAAAGUGUAUCUUCAUAAUCUGAUGAAUGAAAUUGAAAAUAGUGAUCGUUCUACACGUAGUUUUGGUUGUAAUGGACCAGAACAUCGAAAUGAACAUCGAUGUCGACAUCAUUGUAGAAGUCAUGGAUAUAAAACGGGUUCUUGUAGUCCAUAUACCAAUUAUCAAGAUUGUGUUUGUAACAAAUCACCACAUUCAAAAUCGAAAUUUCGACAAGUUUCUUCUAUAUCUUGA